CCACUAACGACGCUCACGACCAUGUCUUCCCAGACUUACCUUGACCCUUCCACUGCGGUUGAGCACCUCAAAACCUACGAUAAGGCGGAUGGCUUGUCCGUAUCGGAACUCAUGGAUUCGCGCGUCCACGGCGGACUCACCUACAACGAUUUCCUCAUGCUGCCGGGAAAGAUCGAUUUUGCAGCUUCAGAGGUCGUGACGGAAACAAAGAUCACUCGUAACGUCGUCCUUAAGACCCCCUUCAUGAGUAGUCCCAUGGACACCGUCACUGAGGGGGACAUGGCCAUUCACAUGGCGCUAUUGGGUGGUAUUGGUAUCAUCCACCACAACCAGCCCGCGACAGCGCAGGCCGCUAUGGUCCGUGCGGUCAAGCGUCACGAGAACGGGUUCAUUACAGAUCCGAUCGUUCUCUCGCCCCAGCACCACGUUGAAGAUGUUCUAGAUAUCAAGGAGCGACUCGGUUUCAGUGGCAUUCCCAUCACCGAAACCGGCUCUCUUGGUGGCAGGCUUGUUGGUAUCGUCACCAACCGAGACGUCCAGUUCCGCGACCCCUCAACUCCCCUUUCGGAAGUUAUGACCACUGACCUUGUGACUGCGUCCGAGGGCGUUACCCUACUGGAAGCAAAUGCUAUUCUCCGCGACUCGAAGAGGGGCAAACUCCCCAUCGUCGACAAGGAGGGUCGUCUGACCUCUCUGCUCGCCCGUUCCGACUUGCUCAAGAACCAAAAUUUCCCUCUGGCUUCGAAGCAACCCCACACCAAGCAGCUUUACGCCGCUGCUGCUAUCGGUACCCGCCCCGCGGACCGCGAACGUCUGCGUCUGCUCGUCGAGGCUGGCCUUGACAUCGUCGUCCUCGACUCGUCGCAGGGCAACUCGGUGUACCAGACUGAGACACUGCGGUGGAUCAAACAGACUUUCCCGAAGCUGGACGUGAUCGCCGGUAACGUCGUCACACGUGAGCAGGCUGCGAACCUCAUUGCCGCGGGCGCAGACGGCCUCCGUGUUGGCAUGGGCUCGGGCUCGAUCUGUAUCACGCAGGAAGUCAUGGCCGUCGGACGCCCGCAGGCAACAUCGGUGUACAGCGUCGCCGAGUUCGCCGCCAGAUUCGGUGUGCCCGUUAUCGCAGACGGUGGUAUUGGCAAUGUCGGUCACGUCGUCAAGGCACUCGCGCUUGGUGCUGGCGCAGUCAUUAUGGGCGGUCUCCUCGCGGGCACGACCGAAGCUCCGGGCGAGUAUUUCUACCACGAAGGCAAGCGCGUGAAGGCGUAUCGUGGAAUGGGCUCCAUCGAGGCCAUGGAGCAGGGCAAGCCUGUCCCGCCGUCGGCGACGAAGGGCAACGCGUCUGCACCGGGCGGCGGGAAGCGCGGCAAGAACACGACGCACGAGAACGCGGCGACAUCACGCUACUUCUCCGAGUCUUCUGUCGUCAAAGUCGCGCAGGGCGUGAGCGGCGAUGUCCAGGACAAGGGCUCCGUCACCGCGUUCCUGCCGUACCUCCACGCGGGCGUGCAGCACUCUCUCCAAGAUAUCGGUGUCCGCAAUAUCCAUGCGCUCCAGGACGGUGUUCGCGCUGGCACCGUCCGCUUCGAGCUCCGCACGGCCAGCGCUCAGGUCGAGGGUGGUGUUCAUGGCCUGAACUCGUACACUAAGCGUCUCUUCGCAUAAGUAUCUCACAAGAUCGAACUCACCUGUAUAUUUGUGCAUGUGCAAAUGAUGUAUCUAUACCAUCAGUUCUGCUGUCGCCGCUCUUGCUUCGAUGCCGGGAUAUUCUUGUAUAUACUUGGAUAAUUUGAGUGCAUCUACUUACGAGAG